UCUACCUACAUCCUUUGGUUCGGGUAUAGUACUGAGAAAUUCUCAUGACCUCAGUAUAAAGUAGUCUCAAACUAUUACUACUUACUAUAGAGGAUAAUAACUUAACAUGUGCUCUAAAUUUCUGCUGUGUGUUUUGGCUCUCAUCAUAUAUAGCUGCACAUGUGCUGCUAUUGACAACAAGAAACCUGAGGAGCCGAGAGUAGCGUACACAUUGGCAGAGCCGGCUUAUAGCGACUCAGAAUCGGGAGACUCAGAGGAGCCGAGUGAUUUGGAAUCGGGAUCUGGAGAACAGGAAUCGGGAUCUGGAAGUGGAUCAGAGCCGGCUUAUAGCGACUUAGAAUCGGGAGACUCAGAGGAGCCGAGUGAUUUGGAAUCGGGAUCUGGAGAACAGGAAUCGGGAUCUGGAAGUGGAUCAGAGCCGGCUUAUAGCGACUUAGAAUCGGGAGACUCAGAGGAGCCGAGUGAUUUGGAAUCGGGAUCUGGAGAACAGGAAUCGGGAUCUGGAAGUGGAUCAGGUGCAAUUGACAAACAGGAAGAAUCAAAAACGAAACACAGACACCCUCUCGGAUGGGUUAAGCACUCAAGAAAUGGAAAUACUGUUUUUGUUGAUGCCUUGAAUGUAAGAGAAUUGUUCAAGCUAAUAUCUUCUCAGAGUAGUUCUGACGACUGUUUUAGUUCACAAGGAACCGAUAUCACCUCUGACGGCCCGAUAUAUUCGAUUAACCAAGCCAAGAGACGCAAACAAUCUAGCUAUGUUACGGAAUAUGAUGAGCCUAAUACUCCUCGACAAGUGAUAAAUGUGAGUGACUAUCCUGAGUAUGCAAUUGGUCGUUUGGACAAUGGGUGCACGGCUUUUCUUGUUGGACCGUAUCAUGCUCUAACUCUGGCUCAUUGUGUUUUCAAUCGUUUCUGGCGACAAAAAUGGAAAAGAUAUAAUGGUGGUAGAAUCCCAGUAUACCGGCAAAGAACCGACGAAGUGUACUUGAAUCAAGGGUGGAAAGAGACAAUAGAUUUUCUGCGAGGAAGAAAUGAACAACAAUACCUUCAAAGAAUGGAGUGGGAGGAAGUGUACAUUCCCCAAACAUAUUUCAGCCAGAGUGAAAUUGAUGACUGGAGUCGAUCUUGGGCUGUGAUUGUUUUCAACGAAGCACAUUCGUCGCCCGUUUGGAUUCCAUUCAGUUUUUGCUCAGAAAAGUUAGCUAGUGCAGUGACUGCUUAUGGGUACUUUAACCGCUUACAAAGGUCUUGGAGAUCUGAUUCGACUAGAAUGGAUUUUGUUGACUGUACUGUGGGUAGUGUAUUGAGUUGUGGGCUUCAAGGCCUGUAUGAUGGAUACGGUGGACCUCUCGUAAUCAAUGGUCGAUCGAUAGACAAUACGAAAAUGGCGCCCGUUGUUGGUAUUAAUGGCAGGAGGAACUCGUAUUCCAGAGACCCUGCUAUUUUCAUUAAUCCAGAGAUGUUCUGGUCAAUUUGUUCUCUAUUAUCCAGGAAUGGCUAUGAGCCUGGUUGUGGAAAAUGGAAAAACUGAAAAUCAAUGGCAUGCCAAUAUCAGUCACACAACAUUAAUGUUAUUGUUGUAUCUGCUAGAUAGCUUUUACAAUAAAAACAUGGUACUAGCUGUUGUAACUUCAAACUUGAAUGUAUACUAGGUAUGUAUGAGAUGUUGAUGAUUACCUCAUCGCUUUGUGUUUUACUUAUUAUGGCUUAGUUCUAUAUAAAACAUUGUAUGUUUUUUUUGUGCACAUGUUUCUGUUCUUUUUGUCAAUUGA